AUGUCGGCCACAUUUGCAGUGGUGACACUGUUAGUCCUGGCUACGGCAGACGGCGUGGAGCGUCGACGACCACUGUAUCGCCGCACGUCGACCACCACCGCCACUCCGGCAGCGGACGACAGCGAAGGCUCGGAGAGCAAGUACAAACCGAACGGCAAGGACCUGUACACGGUGAGCGAUUCGUACCCGGUGUCCGGUGCUGGAGGCUUCAAGCCGGAUGGCGAUAAACUAACGUCAUUCUCCGAGUACAGCUUCGGCAGCACGAAACUCUCCGGCGGUCCGGACGGCGGCGGGCUAGCAGACGGCGGCGGUGGCGUCGCCUCAGACGAGGAGUCCACGUUCGGUGGCUUCAAGAAUCACAAGAAAGGAUCCUCGCUGCUCCCGACGACCAACGCGAACACCAAGGAGCGCAAGCCGACCGCCAACAGUCCGUUCGACUUCCUGAACAGUGACUACGCGAAGCCGAAGGUGCAGAGCGACACCACGGGCCUCGGCGGGCUCGGUUCGUCCAGCAAGUCGAAGCUACCGUCGAGCAUUAGCAGCAAAUUUUCGAUCUCGCAUCCGGCCCCGUCGACGCUGGGAUCCGGCAGCAAGGCAGCCGGCAAGCUGGCCCACCUGGACGACUCGACCGAGUACGAUGUGUACUCCAGCCUCGGGCAGUCGGGAUCGGUGACGGCGGUGGGCAAGAGCAAGCUCGGCAAGCAUCGCCAGCCACUGACGGCCACCUCGUACUCGUCGACCGGCGGCUUCGAGGGCAAGGUGAAGAAGGUCCCGUUCAAGUACGAGGACGGAGGGCUGGGGGCGCUCGCCGGCAAGACCAAAACGAAGACCAAGCUCUCGCUCGACGACGACAGCUCGCACUUCGCUUCCGCUAGCAGCCCGUUUCCGGGGUUGGGCAGCUACGAGAGUGCCUCGUUCGGUGGCAACCGGCAGCAGCAGCAGCAGCAACAACUUGGCAGCAACUCCGGAUUAGGGUCCGCGGCUGGCGCGCACAAGGGCAGCAAGUUCAACUUUGCCGAGCCACCGCCGCUGGUCAAAUCGACGCUCAACACGCUCAAGCACUUCGGCGAGGGACUGAUAGGUAAUGGCAACGGGGCGGGCAGAGCACCGUACGAGCUGGAGAGCGAGGAGUCCGGCUCUUAUCCGGCGCAGGGGGUCAAGUUUGGCUCGUACUUUAGCAAGAGCCACUUUGGGGGCAAUGCGGCGGGCAGUGGCAGCAGUAGCAACGGCCCGGCCGUGGAGGAAAGCUACGAAAACUCCGCCGAGCCGCUGCCGAAGGGCAAGUUCUCGAAGCCGCUCGGCCUGGGCGGGGGGCUCGGUGGCAAGUUCGCGACCGACUUCGACGUGAAGAACAUCAAGCUCACCGACGGCGGCGGGGCGUUCGGGGUCGGAGUCGGGGCCGGGCUCGGACACAAGCUGCCGGGCAAGAAUACGCCACCCCAUCACGGCAAACACGGACCGACGCUUCACCACAGCCAGCCGGCGCCGGUCCAGCAGCUCCACAGCCACAACCACAACCACAACAACCAUCACCACCAACAACAACAACUACAACAACAACAUGCUCACCAACAGCCAGCACACCACACGGCACACGGCACACUCGGCACAACCGGUACCAUAGACAAUCCUAACCCACUAGACUUUCGACCGAACUUUAAACUACAAGAUGUCCCCAAUUUGUAUCCCGCCGACCCGUAUCUUCUAGGUGCCGGCAUCGCCGCCAAGGGCCAGAUCGAGAGCUUCCUCAACUCGGAGCACGCGCUGAAGGACGAGUCGCUGGUGGCGCAGCUGCUCGGCGACUCGAGCCCCGCCGCCCGCCCGCACUACCACCAGUUCCUGAAGUCGCAGGAGGACGAGAAGCUGGAGAAGGAGGCGCUCCGGCAGCAGAUCGAGUACCUGAAGGCGCAGGCGGCCAAGCGCCCGCUCGACCUCAACGCCGGCCCGCACCGCCCGCCCAUCGUCUCCAACGCGCAGAAGUUCCGCCCGGUGCGCCGCAUCCCCUCGCACGUCCGGCUGGGCGUGAAGGCACCGUACCCGCUGCCCCGCAUCCCCAACUACAACGAUCGGCCGUACAGCAUCAGCUUCAAGAUCUAA